AUGAUUAUUAUCAACGCGGUCGUCCUUCUCAUUCCCACGACAGUCUUAGCAUUCUGCUAUAACAUUGUCCCAGUCCCGAGAGCAGUUAAAGUCGGAUAUAAGGUUAUGGAGCCCAUCCAAAUCACCAUAUUCUGCGUCCAAGAGUUGAUCAUAUCCGGGCUCUAUAUCUGGGGAACGGCUAAGAUCCUGAAAUACACAUCGGAAGAAAGGAAGCAACGAUUGAUGGCAGAACUCAUCAUUAUGAAUGUGGUUCUUGUCAUCAUGGACUUCGUUCUUCUAGGCGUCCAAUAUGCAGGCUUUCGAAUCCUUCAAAAUGUCCUUAAAUACUUUGCAUACAGCAUAAAGUUAAAGUUCGAACUCGCAGUACUUGGUAGAUUAACAAAGUUUUUCCAAGACCAGGCACUUACUUUUACUUCAAGUACAUUUAGCAUAUCAGGCCCUAUAUAUUAA